AAACAUUUUAACAAGCAACUCUCACUUUUCAACGACAAAAAGCCACGAUGUCUGCCAACCCGAUAAUUACAUUUAAGGCUGGCCGGUGCGACAUCAAUCAGUCAAACAGACCUUGGAAAAUCACGCCGGAUCCAACACCUGGCUAUAUUUACAUGUACUCUGAAGAUGACAUGACACACUUUUGCUGGCGCGAACGAAGCAAGGCCAUGACCGAUGAAGACAAUCUCGACCUCAUCAUGUUCCCCUCUGAUGCACACUUCGAGCCGUACGAAUACAAGACCUCAAGUCAACCCACAUCCAAGACAAAUGGCCGCAUAUUCGUUCUGAAGUUCUCCUCGUCCUCCUCAAGACAUUUCUUCUGGAUGCAAUCAAAGCCUCAAGCACAAAAUGGAGAUGCCAGCUGGUUCAGCCCUCGAGACUUAAAAAUCGGCCAAAUCGUCGACACGCUGCUCCAGGGUGAGGACGUCAAUGUAUCUGAGGAGAUUGCACAAGUUCGGGGCGGUGGCAACGGCGGAAACGAGGAUGAAGAUCAGACAAUGGAGGAUGUAGAAGGUCAUGGAGAUCCGUCAGAACACCACCAAGGCGGAAGUGGUGGUGCAGGGCCAGACGCCACUGGCGGGGAUAUUAGAGAAGAGGGGGCUGGUGCAAGGGAAGGCGGUGCUGAUGGCGGACGAGCUGCCGGCUCCGGCCCAACAGACGCUGCCACGGUAGUUCAGAACUUCCUCAACUCAUUGAAGGGUGGACAAGGCAUUCCGACGCAACCGCAGGGAGGUCAAAUGUUCACUACAUUACCAGAUCUAUUACCGUCGUCCACGACUAUUCCAAUUAUCGACUCGGCCAGUCCUGCACAAAUCGACAACCUCCUGAGCUACCUCCCACCGGCAAUUCUGCUUAUUUCACAGUCAUCUUCAGCACAGAUUGACAGAACGAAGGAGCCAAGUGCGGCAUCUGCUUCUGCGGCGAUUGAGGCUCUCCCAUCCGGAGAGAAGAAGGCCAUAUUGAAGCGAGUAUUGAGAAGUCCUCAAUUCAACCAGAGCUUGGGUAGCCUCACCAUGGCAAUUCGAGAUGGAGGACUGCCUAGUAUCGCCGAUGCACUAGGAGUGAAAGUCCAGAAUGGAGGUUUUGUCAGGGGCGGUAGCGUACCUCUUGGAGGUGGAGAAGCAGUCGAGUCAUUUGUUGAAGGCGUGAAGAAAUCAGUUGAGGAGAAGAAAUAGAGAAGUAGUGACCGAAUAGCCAUUGCCGUCCACUGCCAUUUCACUUCGAAAGACUUGUACCACAAUAAGACCUCUAGACUCACACCUUGCUGGAAGGCCGGGGGAGAUUAUAGAAACCAAAGUAGAUCAAGACCAUUGAAGAGCAGAAUCUUGGUGGCAAUGGUUCACAAGAAUCAGAUGCGGAAUCAAGUAAUUUCUAUUUAUUUUGCGGUUGUGGAACGUUAGUUCCCGAAGUGUUGUGAAAAGGAUAAUUACAAGACCCAC